AAGGGUAGCGGAAGAAGUGUGUGGAAUGCUCUAUGCUUUUCUUUUCUUAACAACCAAACAACCCCCCAAAACUCAUCACAAAAAAAGCCCCAAAUCCCAAGCAGUAGAGUCCUAGAACACGCAUCACCAACGUUCUGCGUGUAACGGUCACCAGAUCACGGCGAGAAUCUGCCGGAAGAGACGCCAGAAAGAGCUCUCAUUCCAUUCCUUCUUGAUUCGAACCAAACAAGAAUAAGAAGAAGAAAUGGAGAGAGGAAGGGAUAGUAGUAGUAGUAGCAGAGGGAUAUCGAGAGGGAUGCUUCCAUUGUUAGCAGUGCACGCAGUGAGCGAGUAUUGCAGGCUCGAUCGUAAACCCCCCCUCACGGCCGCACUCGUCGCUGCCAACACUUUCGUCUACUUGAGGCCUGCUUUUCUCGAUCGUACUCUUCCUUCCAUCGAUGAAGUCUGGUUCAAUCCCCACCUCAUCCUCAAGCACAGGGACCUCAAGCGCUUCUUCUUGUCGCCAUUCUACCACAUGGGUGAAUCUCACUUGGUAUACAACAUGAUGUCGCUUUUAUGGAAAGGGAUCCAGUUAGAGAAUUCAAUGGGGAGUGCUGAAUUCGCAUCUAUGGUGGUUGAGCUUCUUGCUAUGUCCCAGGGCAUCACAUUAUUACUUGCCAAAUCGCUUUUCUUGUUCUUUGAUUACGGAAAACCUUACUACCAGGAAUACUCUGUUGGAUUUUCCGGUGUCCUCUUUGCCAUGAAAGUUGUCCUCUAUUCCCAGUCUGACAACUACACUAACGUCCACGGAUUGGUAGUACCAGCACGUCACGCCGCCUGGGCCGAGCUCAUUCUCAUCCAAAUGUUUGUACCCGGUGUAUCUUUUCUCGGCCACCUUGGUGGGAUACUAGCUGGUAUUCUCUAUCUCAGGCUGAAAUCUUUAUAUUCAGGUUCAGAUCCACUGACAGGUAUCAUUAGAGAUGUUACUAGGGUUUUGAGUCGGCCUUUGAGUUUCUUGCUGGGCUUGUCUCCGUUCCGAAGGCGACAAAUUUUGGGUAGGGGACGUGUUGGUCGAAGUCAGAGGACUGCAAAUGGCUUGUGGAGAUGUGAAGCAUGUACGUUUGAUAAUUCUGGCUUGUUAAAUGUGUGCGAGAUGUGUGGCACAGGUCGUAACGGCGGUGGAUUGGCAUCCCUUGGGUCAUUGAAUCAGUCUCGUGACCUUACUUUGGAAGAAAUGCGGCUUAGGAGAGUUCAAAGAUUUAGUACGUGAUGUGAUUCAACGAGAAAAAAAAAAUGUUUAAAUUUAGUACGUGAUGCCAUUCAACCAGAAAAAAAAAAAUUUGUUUAACUAUAGUGUAAGCCUACAUCUCUCUGUUUACGUCUGAUAUCGAACUUCUAUCAAUUAUGCUUCUAUUAUAUUUGAUGCCGUUAUGUUUGGUUUUUUACUUCA